UUUUGACCCCCUCCAUGCUGUUUGGUUUGUGGCAACUAAGGGAAAGCGUGGAUUGAAGAGAUGCAAUUGUUUUGUUAAAAUUACUAAAUGCAACACUGCACGUCACUUCAUGAUAUCUUCAAGACGGACAGAACAAAUACUUUUCUAACUUCGUGCAAAGAUGGGCAAGCCUCUUAAAAAGCGGAACCUCGCCGACAAGGUUCGCAAGACCAAAACUUCUACUGAGAUAAAGAACAACCCUUUUGAGGUGAAAAUUAAUAGGAAGAAAUUUGAUGUUUUGGGAAGAAAAUCCAAACAUGACGUUGGCCUACCAGGGGUUUCACGUUCCAAAGCCAUCACAAAGAGAAAAGAAACUCUUUUAAAGGAGUACAGACAGAAAAACAAAUCAAAUAAAUUCAUUGACAGACGUUUGGGAGAGUAUGACUCCAAGAUGGCCCCAGAAGACAAAAUCCUGCAGAGGUUUGCCAUGGAGCGACAGCGUACCCAUGAUAAGAAAGAUAUUUACAACUUGAAUGAAGAAGAGGAGCUCACUCACUAUGGACAAUCAUUGGCUGAAAUUGAAAAAUUCAAUGAUGCUGUUGGAAGUGAUGACGAAAAUGAAGAGAAGGGUCUAUUGUCAGCCGAACUGACUGCUUCGCACUUUGGUGGCGGUGGUCUUCUCAGAAAAAAAGGUUCAGGGCAGCAGCCAGAUGAUGAGACCACUCAGAGAGCCAAAUCCAGACAAGAGCUCAUUGAAGAACUCAUACAAAAGUCCAAACAGGAAAAACGUGAACGGCAAGUGCAGAAAGAAGAAGCACAGGAGCUGACGGAAAAGCUUGACCAGGAGUGGAAAAGCAUUCAAGCCUUGAUGGUGAAAAAAACUCCCAAAUCUGAUCAGACUGAUAAACCAGAGGAGAAGCCAAAGCUUGAUGAGUAUGACAUGAUGGUUCGAGAGCUUGGCUUUGAGAUGAAAGCUCAACCAUCAGAGAAGUUGAAAACCCCAGAGGAAAUUGCCAGAGAGGAGAGGGAGAAGCUUCAAAAAUUAGAGGCUGACCGCCUGAGGAGAAUGUUGGGAGAGGAAGCAGGUGAUGGUGCGCAAAGACAAAGUCGAGCGCACUUGUCGGCUGAUGACCUAAACGAUGGCUUUAUUCUGGAUAAGAACGAUAAAAAGACUCUGGCAUAUGAGGAUGGAAAAUGGAAUAUCUCAGAGGAGAAUGAAGGACAGGAAGUAGGCAAUGACUAUGAUGAUGAUGAGAAACAAGGAGAUGGUGAAGAGGAUCAGUCAGACGCAGAUGAUGAUGAUGCUGAGGAGGCAGAUUCAGAUGAGGGAGAAGUGGGUGACGAAGAAGAGGAUGAUGGCAGUGAUGAAGUGGAGGAGGAGGAUGGUCACUCAGAUCUAGAAUCUGAGCAAAGCACUUCAGAUGAAGAUGAAGAAAAACCCCCAACGGAAGAGAUCAAACCAAAAAAGAUUUUGAGCAAAGAAGACUUGAAGGCCCAGAAGGAAGCUGCAAAAGCUGAACUUCCAUACACAUUUGCUGCUCCAGAAAGUUAUAAGGACCUAAAAGAUUUGCUUAGUGGCCACUCUGGUGAAAACCAGCGCAUUAUUGUGACUAGAACUCAGAAAUGUAACCACCCAAGUUUAGCUGUAGGAAAUAAGCUGAAAUUGCAGAAACUAUUUGGCUUUUUGUUGGAGUACAUAGGAGACUUGGCUACAAAAACUCCCCCUGAACUGACCACAAUUGAUAAGCUCAUACCGGAGCUGUACGGUCUGUGUCAAAUGUUUCCUGAAGCAGCCUGUAAGUCAAUGCAGACCAUCAUUGGAGAUGCAACUCACAACAUGGAAGAAAUGCUUGAAGGCAAAGGUUAUGCUCCUUUUCCAACACUUGACAUGCUUAUUUACCUGAAGGUGACAGCACAGUUAUUUCCAACGUCUGACUUCAGACACCCUGUCACUACUCCAACACUGCUGUAUAUCAGCCAGGCUUUAACGAAGUGUCCAGUGAGAACUCUCCAGGAUGUAACAGUAGGCCUUGUGCUGUGUUGUCUGGCAGUGGAGUACAUCUCUUUCUCAAAGCGGUUCCUGCCUGAACUUGUAAAUUUCCUUCUUGGAAUUCUACAUGUAGCUGUCAAAGAAAAGAAUUCUCUUGGCUAUAAAGUGGUACCACCUUUUAGGCCCACUGGGAAGCACAGUGAUCUUCUUGUGUUAUCAGACCCAGAGUCCUGCAGGAGCUGGAGUCAGAGCCCCAUUCCUCUGUCUGCAGCCCUUCACCAGGAGUUUAGCAGUGAACUUGAUAAAGACCACCACAGAUUGUCCUGUUUAUCACUUUGUUUGGACCUAGUGAAGAGGUGCUCACUGCUUUACAAAGACCUUCCAUCCUAUAGCCACAUCUACAGACCUCUCAAAACACUUCUCUCUAAUCAUCUCCCUGUGCAAGCGUUACCAGAAGUAUUGCAUACUCUUCACAGUGACAUCCUAGAUGCUAUUAGUGCCACGAUGACUCACACUCCUUUAGUCUUUGAGAAGAAGAAGCCUAUUCCUCUGAAACUACUAACGCCAAAGAUAGUUGAAAUACUGGACUAUGGUAAGAAGCAUGGCAGCACUCGAGAGGAGCGGGAGAAGGAACGUCUCAAGCACAAGUAUAAGAAGGAGUUUAAGGGGGCUUUGAGGGAAAUCAGGAAGGACUCGCGCUUCCUGGCCAGAGAGAAGCUGAAUGAUGUCAUGCGAAAGGACAUGGAGAGAAAGAGAAAGGUGAAGGAAUUAUUAGGCAGUCUGGCCACACAGGAGGGAGAGUGGAAGGCCCUCAAGAGGAUGAAGAAAAAAUGAGAUGCAAAAUGUCACUUUUCAUGCAAUGCCCACCUGAACAGAGGUUUACAAGAUAAUAGAUUUUUUCAACUUGCUCUAACUUUCUACCUGGAUACAUUAUUUACUAAGUGAAUAGUAAUGUUUAUUACAGAAGUGUUAUGUCAUUGAAAAUGCAAAACACAUAAAAUCUUAAUAACCAAA